CUCCUGGUGAACUUGGGGGCUGUGACUAUUCGUCCUUGAUCUAGACAUACCAUCGUAUACGUGUCAUCUCAUCGGGGCUUCAUUUCUUUUCCGCGCCCCUUUUUCCUUCGUGGACGACGUUCCCCACUAGUUAUCGCGCCGCGGAUAUCUUGAGACCAGCUAGUAAUUAGCUGCCCGUUUCCGCCUCGACUGUUAGCCACCACCAUGGAUUUCCUCAAAUCGGCCGUCGCAUCGGCGAUCGCAAAGGGGAGUUCGUUCCCUUACUCGCUUGGGGAUAGAGUCGACCUGUCCGAUUCGAUAUGGACGCUACACAAUGCUACGAAACGGGAGGACGGCUCGCUGUGCAGUGUCUUCACGUUUGAUACGGCUUCCAACAAGUCUCGGCUCCCGUUAGCGAAGAAUGCGGUGCGAAAGUGCCGGACGUUGAGACAUCCGGGUGUGAUCAAGGUCUUGGAUACGAUAGAGACCGACGCCAACAUUUACAUCGUGACUGAGCGAGUCGUUCCCCUUUCCUGGCAUGUGAAGCGGAGGAGUCUGAGCGAAGAGACAUCGAAAUGGGGUUUAUAUACGGUGGCGUCAACGCUCAAAUUCAUCAAUGGAGAUGCGUCCUCCGUUCACGGCGUCGUUAGAGCAUCCUCGGUCUUUACGAGUGAGAGCGGGGAGUGGAAGCUGGGCGGAUUCGACGUCCUGAGUUCGAUGAAUGAUGAGAACGCUGUGAUCUAUACCUACGGCAGUCUUGUACCCGACGCGGCGCGAUACACACCCCCGGAGGUCGUCAAGGGCGGAUGGGAUACAAUCAAGCGCAACCCCUUGACGGCGAUUGACGCAUACGGGCUGGGAAUACUGGUAUAUGAGGUUUUCAAUGGCAACUUCAGCAGCGGAGAUCAGGUGGGCAAGACGACGAACAUCCCACCCAGCAUGCAACAAAGCUACAAACGCCUGUGCACGGCCAACCCUAAAAUCCGGUUGAGCCCUGCGCACUUUGUUGAGCAAGGAAAGAAGAGCGGUGGUUUCUUUGAGACCCCACUUAUCCGGUUGACGGACGAUAUAGAGAGUCUGGGACUUAAGAAUGACGCUGAGCGGGAGGAAUUUGUCAACGAACUUGAUGAGUUGUCUGAUGACUUCCCCGAGGAGUUCUUUAAAAUGAAGGUGCUCCCAGAACUGCUCAAGUCAGUCGAGUUUGGCGGAGGUGGUCCCAAGGUCCUUGGGGCCAUUCUGAAAAUCGGUUCAAAGCUGUCUCAAGAAGAAUUCAAUGCGAGACUUACUCCCGUGAUUGUCCGGCUGUUCGGAAACCCUGAUCGAGCGCUUCGGGUCUGCUUGCUCGAUAACCUCCCUGUGAUGAUCGACAACUUGCCCCAGAAGAUCGUCAAUGAUAAGAUCUUCCCUCAGAUUACAUCCGGCUUCACCGACGCCGCGCCCGUUGUUCGAGAGCAGACUGUCAAGGCUGUUUUGCCGAUCAUCAACAAGCUCAGCGACCGGGUUAUCAACGGUGACCUACUGAAGUUCCUGGCGCGAACUGCUAACGACGAGCAACCGGGGAUUCGUACGAAUACCACUAUCUGCUUGGGCAAGAUAGCAAAGAAUCUCGGACAGGGGUCGAGAUCGAAAGUUCUCAUUGCAGCAUUUACACGGUCUCUUCGGGACCCUUUUGUACACGCCCGGAAUGCCGGUUUGCUGGCCCUCGGGGCAACGUUGGAGUUCUUCACCGAGGAGGACUGUGCAACCAAGGUUCUUCCGGCUAUUUGCCCCUCGCUUCUUGAUAAAGAGAGGAUGGUAAGAGACCAGGCAAAUAAGACGCUUGAUCUAUAUCUAGAGCGCAUCCGGAAAUUCGGCAACACGAUGGCAGAUACGGUGAUUUCCCCAACCGUCAGUGCCGAUCCGACCAAAGAUGCCGCCCGCAUUGGCACAUCUAAUGAUAAAUCCUGGGCUGGGUGGGCCAUCUCCUCGUUCACCAAUAAGCUCACGGCAGCCAACGGGGAUAUCCAGUCCUCUGCUAACGGUGCCAAACCUGUCGAGCCUGAACCUGUCCGUCCGGCUUCUGUUCCCCGUCCAACCAGGUCGGCAACUUCGGUGCAGAAAGAGACGCUACGGCCUGCCGCUCAGUCUCUGAACCGGUCCUUGUCGGAGCAACCCACUCUAUCUAAAGAAGACGAUGAUACGGAAGAUGUCUACGACGCAUGGGGUGCAAUGGAUGAUGACGAAGAAGAGGACCAGCAGAAAGAAGAGGAUCCAUUCAGUGCAGCCGUGACCGCCAGCCCAACCAUUUCUGCUCCCACGCCCAAACCCGCUCCUGUCCCGUAUGACGAUGGCGGAGAGCCAGACUUUGCGGGCUGGCUUGCCGCACAGUCCAAGACGAAGAAGCCAUUGCCCAAGGGCUUGAACAAGACCAGUCCUGCUGCCGUGCCGCGAGCAUCGAGUCGCAAUAGCACAGUUAAGCCGAAGACCGUUGUCGCGCCCAAGAAGAUCGACACGAAACCCAAAGAGGAAGAAGAGGAGGAUGGCUGGGGGGAUGCAUGGGAUUGAUUCCCCACCCUUUUGUUCUAUUUUGCGACAUAUCACGGCAUUCACGGCAGGGGGAGUUUGGGCGCAUGCAGUAUAUAGUUUGGUAGAUCGGUCAUUGCGGGUUGCAUACUGUGCAUAUGACAUGCGAUAGGAUAGAACCAAUAGUACGGACAUAUUUGACGC